GAAUUAUAAAAGAGCGCAUGCGUGGUUCAAUAAAAUCCGGAUCCAAGAAAAGAGCGUCGAAAAUGGCGGAAUCUUUAAGACGACUUGUGAAUAUCGGUACAUUUACUGUACUCCAGGAAAAAUUAGAGAGAUGGUUGGACAACUACUACAUAAACACAUGUGACCAGAAUGUGGCCAGGUGUUGUGAAAUUGUAGAACUCAAUGCCAAAGUUCAAGGGCAGUUGUUCAAACUUCUCCAGGUCACAGCAGAAUCAGGUGGCAUGUAUGGAGGAGCUAGCAUCAUCAAGUCCCGUCUCUUGCCAUUCCUGGGUCAGAACUUCUUCACAUCAGGGGGAUCUGUCACUGCCGACACUAGCCUCAGUGUUCUUGCUGAGGCUGCAGCCAAAAACAGGGAAAUCGAUGAACUCCAGGACAUGUACGAGACCUCACUGACUGAACUGGAGGCAGACCUCAAGGAUAAGGAAGCAGAGAAUCAAGACCUCAAAGAUGAAUUAGUGGAAGCAAAAGAUCAGCUAAAUAGAAGUCUAAGGGAGUCCACUAGCAAUAAAAUGCUGGGAGAGGUGGAGGUUCGAGAACUACGCAGAAAACUAGCAUUAGCAGAAGAUGAGGUGCGCACUUUACGAUCAAAAGCAGGCAUGCUGACCGAUUACGAGACUCAGAUUCGUCAUCUCCGUGACGAUAUCGCUCUUCUCACUGCUCGUCGAGACUCUCUCUAUAGGUCAACUUCCAGCUUCACUAAGGAUGACAGUAUUUUGUCCUCCACAUUGCGGGAGGAGAAAAAACCUGGGCUAUCUGAUGCUCAGGACGAAAUUGUCAAACUCCGUGCUAAGGCAGGUCUGGUAGAUGAUUAUGACAGACAGGUUAGAAACCUCAGGGAUGAGCUGUCCCUUGCUUCUACCAAAAAGAGCUAUCUGGACAGUGAUGUGUACAAUUCCUUGAGUACCUACCGUUACACCCCCCGUGUGGGCUCGCCCCUCUCCGUCGACGACCCUGUACAGCGCGUCAGGCAGCAGAACUACAUUUCCCGCUGGAAUGACAUGUUCUCUCAGGACCGCCUUGAUGCCAUGGAUACACUCCGCAGAUACUCGGAUGAUUAUGAGAAUAAUCAAAGGAUUAUUUUCCUGGCUAUCCAGGAAGCCUUCAGUGUUUCUAAGAUGGCAUUCCGCCAGUUUAAGAUGAAGGUCAGGGCCAAUUUGGCAGCAACACACAUUGGCCCUGAAACUCUGGAAGAGGCUGUACAGGACUAUGUCAACCGCAACACUGACCUAUGUGACCUCACUGGAAUGGUCGCUGAUGUUAUCCGUGCCUUGAACCGCAGCCCUAAGGUCUCCCUUCCACCAGACGCAACCUUCUCCAUAGUGCAGCCAUUCAUCCGUGAAGCUUGCAAGCUCGCCUGGAAUAUGAGUGCUCUUGCUCAUCCUCUAGACAUCGCUGUAGCCACAGAUGCUGAGCUUUUUGACAACAACAAGUACCGCCGCAGCUACGAUUCCGAGUACACAGCACCGCUAGUAAGCCACCACAUCUGGCCAUCUUUGAUGCAGGGAGCCAAGGUCUUGAUGAAGGGAGAGGCCUGCACUCGGAGGGGAGCUUCCUUGGGAGCCUCGCGCCGGAGCAGGAGCCCCACUAGGUCUACAAGCCCAUCCCCACGUCCUCGCUCUCGGUCCCGCUCCCUGAGCCCAUCUCGCCGUAAUCGCAGCCGAUCGAUCAGUCCCAGCAGAAGUAGGAGCCCAUUCAGCUCUGGUGUUUGGUAGGAAGCACUUUGUGCUACACCCGUGCCAGUUGGUGCACAUGGACACUUCCGAGUCACCUAGGACUUUUGUGUUAUUUUUAAAUUAUUAGUUGUUCACUUCCAUCAUACAUGGCUUGUUCGAUAUAUUUUUUUCCUGACCAUACUUUAAAAUUGAAAAAUAUAAUGACAGCAGACUUUUUUUUUUGUUUUCCCAAAUUAUCUGAAUCCAUGAAUAUUGUUGAGGUUUUGUGUAUUAAUGAUUUAAUUUGUGUGACCAUUAACCUUUUGAUAUUGUUGUCAUUUCAUAUCAGUAGGAUUUAUUUUAGGUUAUGGCUGUAACACAUGUGCACCAUAUUUCUGUUUUGAGCCUCUUUUCCUUCUGCUACCUACUCUGCAGGAAUGGAAUGAUUCUUAUUACACUUUGUGGACUAUCAAUAGCUUCAAAAUAGGCUGCAAUUUUUUAUAUUAAAGUAAAUGAAAUGAAAAUUCUAACUGGACAAAUGCAUUGUUUUUGUAUAUAUAUAUUUCAUUUAUAUCUGUGAUAAAUUUUUAACAUACAGUGAUGACAUAAAGGGCAUUUGUUCUUUCUCACACUUUUAUCAUCGAAGCAGUUGAGAAGUGUUGCUUUUUAAUGAGUAAAAAUCACUGUAGCCUCUAAUCACUUGUUUAGUUUUUUAAAAUCUAACACAUUUAGCAUAAAUGUUACCCAUGUAACAGGAACAGUGAAGAUCUAUUUGUGGCCAAAUUUCGAUUCUAUGGGUGUGUUGUUUUGGGGGACCAGUAACUUUGUUUACAUUUUGGUUGGUGCUCGUGAAAAUUUCAUAUCAAUCUCUGCUGUGAUAUUGAAUAGCCUGAACUAUCAUUAGUUCAUAUUUUCCGUCCAUUUUUUUGUAUUUUUGCUAUAUAUUUAUCAUCGCUUCAAACAUGGAGAGUAUAUUUGUUGUAGAGACACUGUUUAGAAGUUUUCUUUGUAAAAGCAAGUUGUGUACAAAUAUUACACUACCAGUAUUUAUGACAAGAUGGUUGCUUGAUCUUAAUUCUAUAGUAUUCGUUUUUAUUUAAAGUGCUUCAAAUUUAUGUAUUGACCCAUGUUUUUUUUAAUCAGAUAAUUUAUAAUAGAAAACCAUUCUAUGGAGUUAACACCAGGCAAACCAUCAUUUGGAGGUCUGAAUUUGAAUGUUGACAAAGAAAAAAAUUGGUUUGAAGUCAACAAAGUCCUGCAGAUAUUAAUUUAUUACAGGUGAUUUAAUUUUGUAUAAAUGUAUUUAAAUAGUAUGUGUAGUACAUAUAUAAUAAAUUUGUGGAAUUGCU